GUCACUUAUAAGAUAUGAAAAGCGGUGGUGCUCGGAAGGAAUUAGGUACCUACCUACCUACAAGUUAUACCAAGAUUAAUAUAAACAUGAAAAGGAAAUAGGUACCUAAAUUUUAGCCAAGACCAAAUUUGAAUACUAUCUUUCAAAAUAAGGAACACAAACAUAGAGUUUCAUCCAAGAGAAUGUGGACAUCUGAAGUAACUCUUUUGAUUUUAGCUAUAGUAGCACUGCUUAUAAUACGAUCAGUUUAUGUCCUUGUUAAAAUAUAUACAUCAGAAUGUAGUCUACUAAACCUUAAAGGUGGAUUAAGAACUAUACUGUGUAUGGGAUCUGGAGGACAUACAACUGAAUUACUGAGAUUGGUCAAAAAUCUAAAUUAUGAGAAGUAUCGACCUAGACUCUAUAUUGUUGCUGAUAAUGAUGCAACCAGUGAAGCAAAAAUAAAAUUGAAUGAUCAGGAUGACUACACUGUUAGUAGAAUACCUAGAAGCAGAAAUGUAAAUCAAUCUUACAUUUCUUCUGUGUUCAGUACACUAUAUGCAUUCACUCAGAUUAUUCCAGUAGUUUAUAAAUUUAAACCAGAUGUAAUAUUUUGUAAUGGUCCAGGAACUUGUGUCCCAUUAUGUGUUUUGGCUUUUCUACUUAGAUGUUUAUUUAUAUUAGACUGCAGGAUAAUAUUUGUGGAAAGUGUAUGCAGGGUUCGGACACUAUCUCUUACUGGAAAAAUAUUACAAUUCUUUGCAGAUAUUUUUGUAGUUCAGUGGCCUCAAUUGAGGAAUGUUUGUUUUAGAGCUAAAUACUUUGGCAGAUUAACUUAGAUAUUUUUUUAUAUAUUAAUAAAACAAUAGAAAGCCUCAGAAAAAUGUGUAUAAUUAAUAAUUCCAAGACUUCAAGAGAUCAGUAUGUACACAAUUUCCAGUGUGAAGUUUUAGCAUAGAAUUAAAAAUAAAGUCACAACUCUGUCAAGAUUUCAAUAGGUAUGGUCUCUGGGAAAUGUAACUAUAAAUUCAGUUAAGUACAGAAAAGUGGCAAAAUUUUUAAUAAACUGGGACUUAGGUACUUCACUUCAUUUAUAUAUAGAUGUAAUCAAUAGUUCUAAAUUAAGUCCUCGGCUGGACUUAGCUCACAUAUUUUCCUCAGUUAUUGCUUAAACAAACAGGCAAUAUUUGAAUAUUAGCAAUUAGUAAUAUCACUUUUCCCCCCAAGCCAAUAAUUCUGCCAUGGUAUUGUUGACCAGAGUCUGUUUACAUUGAUUUAUUAAAUGGGGCUAUUUAAAAUUCUAAACAGAUCUAAUAAUAUUAUCCUGUUAUUCAUAAAAAAGAUUAAGCAUACAUACUUCAUGUAUGUUUUGUCUCAUUCUGGCAAUGCCAAAUUUUGUAGAGUGAUAGUGACAAAGUACUCUUUAGCUUAAAAUAUUAUAACUUUUUUAUGAAUAAUAAUAUUGAUGAACAAUUAACUUGUUAAGCUAUACUUAAAGUAUUGUUCCUAGGUAAAUACAUUUUCAUGUACAAAUUGAAUAUUGAACACUAUGUUAUUGGUACAAAAAGGAUAUAAAAACCCUUAUAAUUCUUGUAAAAGUAAAGGCACAUGACUAUAAAAGGCAAAUUAUAAAGGCCUUUGAUUGCUUAUGCUUUUAUAAUUAUAUAAUUAUACUUAAGUACUUUUUAGCAGUUUAGUUAUAGAUAAAAACAACAAUAACAAAAUCAAAAAUAUUAAUUACCCCUCUUGGAUUCUUCCUUCAUUAUUUACAAUGACCUCUAAAAAUCUGUUUGCAAUAUUACAGUGACAGAUCAUAAAAUAUUUAUUAUAUAGAUAUAGUAUCACGUCUUUAAGUCUUAGCCCAUUUAUCCACAGGUUCCCUCAUGUCCAUCGACCUAGAAAAAACUAGAUUAACAAGCUG